UGUACCUGUCCUCAGGCCCGAAACUAGUUACUGUCUGAUACGCUGUUGGUGGUUACGCUCCUUCUGCUGGUACCGCGCUUUCCGACGCAGCACCAUGGCCGGCGCCUGCCCGCAGAAGCAGUUCGACGCGGCCGUGCACCUGAUCAGGGGCCUGCCCAAAAACGGUCCGUUCCAGCCUUCGAACGACAUGAAGCUGAAGCUGUACGGCUUCUUCAAGCAGGCGACGGAGGGACCUUGUACGCAGCCGGCGCCCUCCUUCUGGGAUCUGGUGGGCAAGGCCAAGUGGGGUGCCUGGAAGAGCCUGGGCGACAUGCCGCCAGAGGAGGCCAUGCUCGAGUAUGUGGAGGAGAUCAAGAAGCCGCGAACUGCGCAACGCCCCGGCCUGCAUGCGGUGCCGCGGACAUGA